AUGGUGAAGCCAUUAUCCUUCAAGGGUGAAAAGAAGCCUAAGAAAAGAAAGCGAACCGAAGUCGAUCCUACAGCCGACAAUGCUGAUCCAAGCAAUCUCGCUGUCGCUAGUACUGCCGCUGCCGCCUCGGAGGAAACAGCAAAUGAUGACAGUUGGGUAUCCGCCGAUGUAGUAGGAGACGUUCAGGGUCCUGUCAUGAUCGUACUUCCAACCGAACCACCAACGUGUCUAGCUUGCGAUGCCAACGGCAAGGUAUUCACCGAUCCUAUUGUGAAUAUCGUCGACGGUAAUCCUGCCAGUGCUGAACCACACGACGUGCGACAAGUCUGGGUUGUAAAUAGAAUUUACGGCACUGAGAAUUUCAGAUUGAAAGGUCGAUAUGGAAAAUACCUCAGCUGCGAUAAAUACGGUAUCUUGACUGCGACAACCGAAGCUAUAUCAGCCCUUGAAACUUGGACGGUACUUCCGACCCCCGACACCCCAGGGACAUUCCAGAUCCAAUCGCAACGAGAAACUUUCUUGACGAUCAAGGAAUCUACGAAACCGAACGGCACCCCUGAGAUUCGCGGAGACGCUACUGAGAUAAGCUUCGAUACGACACUAAGAGUUCACAUGCAAGCCCGCUUUAAGCCCCGACUAAAGGCAUCGAAGGAGGAAAAGGCCAAGGAGAAGAUCAGUCGAAAAGAGUUAGAGGAUGCUGUGGGUAGACGACUUGAGGAGGACGAGGUUAGGAGUCUAAAGAAGGCGAGGCGAGAGGGCGACUAUCACGAACGGCUAUUGGACUUGAAGUCUAAAAACAAGCACGACAAGUACGGUUGA